GAGCCUCCCAGAUCAGCUACGGGCACCUUGCCAUCACUUUUUUAAAAUCACAGAGACCUGCAGCGGGCUCAAUCCGGUCGCUGGAGACCCCAGCGGCCCUGCUGGCCGCCUGUGGCGUCAGCGCUGGGGGUUGCGGAGUCCCUAACACCAUUUCCUUCCCGUUUUACUUUGACGAGCAGACUGCGGACGACUGGGAUGUGGACAUGAGCGUCUACUAUGACAAAGAUGGAGGUGAUAAGGAUGCUCGGGACUCGGUCCAGAUGUGGCUGGAACAGCGGCUCCGGGACGGUUUGGAGGAUGGCUCCGUUUCAGGGCAACGGGUUGGCACCUUCGAGAGAUACACCAGGGGCUUUGGCAGGAAGGUGUUGGAGCAGCAGGGCUGGACGGAGGGGCUGGGGCUGGGGAGCAGCAGCUCUGGAAUGGCCGAAGCUCUGGACAACGAGGGUCAGAACCCCAGAUGCAAGAGGGGGCUGGGGUACCACGGGGAGAAACUGCCGACUUUCAGCAAGGUGAAAAAGCCCCGGCGGGACGCUCCCGUCCUCAUCUCGACCGUGUACGAUGACCCUGACCCAAAGGACAGCGGCGACCAGCUGCUCAGACGCCAGCCACCCACUGCCAUGAAGUACAGGCAGGACAUGGCGUUUGUCCGGGCGUCACACGGUGCUCUGAAGACCUUCAGUCCCCAGUCACGCUGA